AUUCCGAAUCAGUUAAAUCGGACAAAGCAUCGGAUAAGUUUCCCACGACGUUUUUACUGAAAGCACUAAUCGGUGGAACAAUUAUAUGUGAGGUGCAGAUUCAAAAGGAAAUUGUGUUCGUUACCUUGCACAUGCUUAAUCGACGUUAUGGUAGGAUUCGCGUAGUCAGGUCGGGAUCUUCUUCGGUCGUUAACGAUAGAGAGAGUAUGAGAACAUUUACAGAGGAAUGCGGAAGGAUUAAGAAAAAAAUUCGCGUGAAUAAUUUUAUUUAUGACUUUCAUCUUCGCUAUAUCAAGCAACAAUUAGAAAAGUCGACGGAAAAUUCUCUCAAUUUUAAUAUAAUUGAAAUACUCAGAAGCAUUUCUGAUAAUGCAAAUUAUGUGCAUCAUCGGCUUUAUCAUUUCAUUUUUAGCGAAGAAUCGGAUUUAAUACCAGAAGGUUUAUUCGAUUAUAUUGUCGCUCAUCCUCAUUAUUUUGGACUUUAUCCGGUAAUUUCCGACGACAAACCGAUUGCGUGCUUCGCCAAGUCAGUUUGUGGGAACAAUUGUUCAAGCGACUUAUGCGACUUUCGUGCGGAUAAGCGAUUUGAGAGCACUCUUCCAAAAGAUGAAUUAAUACCAUGCAUUAUGGUACUUUGUUUACCGCCGAAUACUGAAUGUGUUGCUGGAAAAGUAUACAUAGAAUAUCAUGUUAUCGUAUUUAAUGAUAAUAAUGGAUAUUCGAAGUCGAGAGAAGACAACCAAGGCGAAUUAAAAAAUCGUUGUUGCCAAAAACUUGAAUCAAUUACGCGUCAGGCGAUAACAUACCAUCGACGGGACAAAUUAUGGGAUCAGCUUUACACACUAAAUAGAAAUC